AUGGACAAAUUCUCGGCUUUUGGAAAGAACAUCAGUUCUGCUUUCAACACAACCGUCUCACCCUUUGCGCAGAGAAGUUCUCAAUACCUCAAGGAACAACUGGGACAGGCAGACGAUAAGACUGCACUCCCCGCCGACUAUAUCGAGCUCGAGAAGAAGGUCGAUGCCUUGAAAUUGGUCCAUCAAAAGCUACUGGCUGUCACAAAUCAAUAUACCAAUGAAGCCUACGAUUAUCCUCCCAACAUUCGAGAGUCUUUCACAGAUUUGGGUCGCAGCAUUUCGGAGAAGGUGACCCUCCUCUCUCGUGCUUCCAACACCUCCGAAGCACAAGCUGCCUUUACGGCGCCCCCUUCUGCCAAACCUCAACCUAAGACCUUCAACCACGCCAUUGCUCGGGCUUCUCUCGCCAGCUCCCAGCUCAUCCAACAACACAACACCUCCGAAACCGGUGAAGACCCGCUCGCCUCCGCACUCGAAAAGUAUGCUUUGGCUGAAGAGAAGGUCGGCGAGGCUCGUUUGGCGCAGGAUCAUGCCAUCCAGGCUAGAUUCCUAGCUGGCUGGAACACUACAUUGAACACCAACAUUCAAUUUGCGACCAAGGCCAGAACGGCCGUGGAGAACAGCCGCCUGUUGUUGGACAGCACCAAGGCUUCGAAGAAGAGCCAGAUUGCUGGGCGAGGCCAUAACCCUGAUGAUGAGAGCGCCUUGAGCGAAGAGGCACGUGCGGAAAUCGAAGCCAAAGAAGAUGACUUCGUCUCCCAGGUGGAGGAGGCACAAGGUGUCAUGAAGAACGUUCUCGACACUCCCGAGCCACUCCGCAAUUUGGCCGACUUGAUCGCGGCUCAGCUGGAAUAUCAUAAGAGAGCUUAUGAAAUUCUAUCAGAGCUCGCUCCCGAAAUUGAUCAGCUUCAGGUCGAACAAGAGAGCAACUACCGCAAGAGCCGUGAAGGUGCUUGA